UGCUGCCUUGCGGUCUUACUGCCUUGUCACCAUCCAUGGCAUGAGAUCUUCGUCCGAUCCUGUCUCCGGACGUUUUUUCUCAAUUGUUUUGGCUGUUCCCACCAUCUGACGCUCGAAAGGGCGCCCAAUCUCGCCAUCCCAGCCGUCCUUGGCUGUUGCGGAACAUUUACCCUGCCAUCAGUGAAACAUCGCCUCGACAACGUCUCCGAGGGCAUCUCGGAUUGUCGAGCUAGUCUACGGGUCUUCUCCAUAGAGGAAUGUGGUUUCCUCUCGAUAUCUUAGGUCGCCCGAUAUUUCUUGACUCAAUGGACAUACCUGUCCGUUGAUCCGCGCCCAACUGUGGAUAACGAACUUUAUCAUGGCUACCACGGGAAAGUCUGCAACGCUGGAAGACGCCCGUCGUGGUACGGGGUCUCCGAAGAUGAAGGGACGAGAGAACGCCAAAGAUACGCUGUGUCGCAACGUGACCAUAUAUGGCCGAUGUCGCUACGAAGAUAAAGGGUGCGCCUUCAAUCACGACCCGCAUAAAGUGAAUUCAGGAUAUCAAUCAGACAGUAAUAAGAAACGUCUGAACGUCGACUCCCCUAGUUUUACCCCAUCCAUAUUGUCAUCGAAUGGAUCAUCGCCCACUUCCCAGUCAGCAACGAUGAAGAAAAUGGCUACGAUCUCGCCCAAGGCUGCGAGCGCAGCUCCCUUCCAACCUAGAAGUAUAUCAUCACGAUCCAACUCCAGCACCCCUACUACUCGCCCGGGUACGAUGACCCCCGAUUGGUCUGUGGCAGAGGUACAAGAGUUUGUACCUCAGGGAUUUGAUACUGCACAUAUGGGCUCCCUGCAAGGCAAUGGGACUGCCGGUGUUCCCAGCACGAGCGCUUUCGACCCUUUUGUGACCGCCCCGAAUCCCCUCUCUGCAGCAAACGCCGUCGGCCCGGUGCAGGCCAAUCCUUUCUCGCAUGACACUGCUGCAGCGUUGAACGGAGCAGCGUUUUUCGCCAACCAGUCUGGAUUCCAGCAGCCAGUCCAAUAUCACAUGUAUGCCCCGAUUGGGCCUCACAGUCAGAAUACGUUAGGCUAUCAGCGAAACGUACACGACCUUUUCCUCCCUAAUGACCUACGGGAGGAAAUGCAGAAGAAGGCAGCAGCCACGCUCCAGACACUGCCAAAUACUCAGCUCCCAGCUCAGGUCGAUUACUUCCACUCUCUUGUCCCGCUCGAUCUUAACCAUCAGAAGAACGCUACCAUCUUUGGCUUCCCCAGCUGGGUGUACAAAGCCCAGUCCAGUAAGGACGGAAACUUUUACGCUCUCCGGAGACUCGAGGGUUUCCGGUUGACGAACGAAAAGGCCAUCCGCUCCGUGCAAGCUUGGAAGCGUGUCUGCAACGGUAGUGUCGUGACAGUCCACGAUGCUUUUACAAGCCGAAGCUUUCAGGACAGCUCCUUGAUCUUUGUCACCGACUAUCACCCAUUGUCAAAGACUCUGGCUGAGCAGCACCUUGGCGCCGGAAACCGAUUCCAAGGUCGCCAUAACACGCACAUCCCGGAACAGGUUCUCUGGGGUUACAUGACUCAGAUUGCCAAUGCUCUGAAAGCGAUCCAUGCCAGUCAACUGGCUGCCAGGAUCAUUGACCCAAGCAAGAUCCUCUUGACUGGGCGGAACCGCAUUCGUCUCAACGCCUGCGCUAUCAUGGAUGUGGUUCAAUUCGACACUCAGCGAUCUCUGGCCGAACUGCAGCGGCAGGAUUUGGUCAAUUUUGGACAGCUCAUCGUCACCCUGGGCGCCAAUCAGCCCAAUGUAAUGCACAACCCUACCAAGGCCAUGGAGCACUUCACACGCGCAUACACUGCGCAGCUGAAGAACUCGGUCUUCUGGCUGCUGAACGGGCUCCAGAAGGACCAGGAAAGGAAUAUUGACAUUUUUAUCACCGGCAUCUCAUCGACACUGAUGUCGACGUUCGACUCCGCCCUUCACCUCGACGACCAAUUGACCUCCGACCUGAGUCGCGAACUCGAGAACGGCCGCCUCGUCCGGCUCAUGACGAAGCUGAACUUCAUCAACGAGCGACCCGAGUAUGAGCACGACCGUCAAUGGUCCGAGAACGGCGAGCGGUACUUCUUGAAGAUCUUCCGCGAUUACGUCUUCCACCAGGUUGACGCGCAGGGCGAUCCAGUCGUCGACCUGGGCCAUGUGAUCAUGUGCCUGAAUAAAUUGGACGCAGGCACCGACGAAAAAAUCACCUUGAUCAGCCGCGACGAGCAGAGCUGCUUCGUGGUCAGCUAUAAGGAGCUGAAGAAAGCUCUGGAAUCGUCUUUCCAGGCGCUGCUGAAGCCUUCGGCCAGUAGGAGGCUGCAUUGAGUAGUCUGACAGGGCUUGACACUAUGCAUCUGUUACAUACAUAUACCCAAUAUGGUAUGUGAUGAGUGUCAUGCACUCGGGCUGGCCUAUUCUUAAAUGACAGAUGGAUGGAUGGGAGGUGGAUAUUUUGGAUUGAAAUCAUGGUGGAGGGAAUAUGUUUCCUAUGUUCCAGCGAGGAUCUGAUAUGUCUACAUUGACUAUUUUUACUGCCGAUGAUACUUAUCCUUAACGCCUACUUCAUUAUUGAUGUGAUGGCUGGACGAUGGAUCAAGGCAGGUUUAUACAGCAGUGACGAAGAAGAACAUUAAGACGAAUACGCCAUAGUUAG